GGGUAGAGAUAGGGAUAGGGAUUCGUAUAGGCUUUAAGGAUUGUAGUAAGAGGCGAGAAGGCGACAGCGAGAAGGCGCAGCGGGGUUGUGGAGUGGAAGAUGGUGAACGCAACGGUGAGAGUAUGAUUGAGUUGAAUAUAUACCAAGUCCAAGCCGAACGCGAGCAAAAGUCAAGCACCAACAACGACACCAAACCCAACAAGCUGUCCACGAGCACGCCAGAAGACCUCGUCGGAGCCACGAAUCUUGUAAGAAACCAAAUUGGCGGCGUCAUUGCCGCGAAAGGCCCAUCGCCCGUUGGAAGCAGUGCGAGCGAGGCGGGCUCUGUGGCAACUGCCUGUCUUCUCUUCCCGACGCUCGAAACACCAACGGUGCAUCCAAUGAUGGCUGCACUUGAAGUUGAGAACUUCUCCAGCAGAUCGACCGCUACAGCAGUGAGGCAAGCAUCGUCACUCGCAUGGCCACCUUUCUACUUCAGGAGAAAGUGGCCGGCCACCAAGUACGAGCUGCGCUGGGCUGUGUCUGGAGAGGCGGUGUACGUCUUCGAGGAGCCGGACUUUGGAGAGACUGUCGCUCGUGGCCCGGUCGAGAAGGUCGGCAACUGGGACGACAGCGGCUGUGCUCAAUACGAAGUCGUCCAGCAAGGCCAUCCCCAACCAACUCAUCAACACUGCAGAGACAUUAUCCUCAUCGAUGCCUUGGUCGAUGCUUUGUUUCCACUUUUCGAUCCAUCUGGCACCAUUCGCCGCCAUGACCUGACUCGUGCCCAUGGCAAGGAAUGGAUUCUUGGCCGAGAAUCAUCUUCAACAUCUAUCAUGACUCUACUGAGCUACAUGCUCUCACGGCUAUUGCGAUAA